AUGUAUCGCCCUGUUCAACGGUCGGAGGAGGAAGCGGUACAGAUGGAACCGUUUUCGGACGACAGUAAGAGACACAGCCAAGGAGACUCGCAGGACAUCGACGAAUGCGACGAGAAUGACAAGCUGAUAAUGUGUCGCAUUUGCUACGACGUUUUUUAUUUUUAUUUCGCCUGGGGCAGGACACAAUUAAAUGACGAUAAGAAGGAAAACACAAUAUCGCCAUGCAACUGUGUCGGAUCACAUGCGCACGUCCACGUGACGUGCCUCGAGCAAUGGCUAUCCGUAUCAAAAUCCAGUACAUGUGACAUCUGCAGUUACACUUUCAAGACAAUCGAACGUUCUUUGACUAUACACGAGUGGUUGCGGGAGAGAAGAACCUGCCAAGGUUUUUGUCAACAGUUCACGGUCAUGUUCUUUUUCGUUGCAAUAUGGGGUUUAGUGCUCAUAGCCUGUGGAUUGAAAACGAUUGAAUAUUUCCUAGACACAAAUGAUAAAAAUUCUGUUUCCAACGGGUUUCUCAUGACUAUCAUAACGUUUGCGAUGGCUGCCAUGUUGUGGUUUUGGCUCGUAAUAUUUUCAUCGAUAUGGAAGCGUAUGAACAUGGUGAUACGCUUGGACAAGAACUAUUUAAACGGUGCCGAUGAUAUCAACAAUGCGUUUGCUGUCUGA